UACUGGAAAUUCUGGCACCGGCCAUCAGGAAAACAAAAAGGUGGAUUUUCCAGGAUUCCUAUUGGUGCAAUAAUUAACCAGCAACCGAAAUAAAUAGCAGCAAUAAUAAGAGGAAGCAAAUCCAGGACCCAGGAGAAGACUCCACAUCACUAACAAGAAAAGAACAUCCCGGCAGAUCCUAAUGAAGGUCCCGCUGCUCCUUGUGCUGGUCCUGUCUAUGGCUGUGGCUCAUGCACAAGUCUUAGACUGGCUAGCAGGCGCCGGCAGGAAAAUAAAGGACGGUGCCAGAUUUGUUAAAGAAGCCGGUCAAGGAUCCUGGGACAUGGCUCGAGCCUAUAAAGAUAUGAGAGAUGCCAACUGGAAGAAUUCAGACAAGUAUUUCCAUGCCCGGGGGAAUUACGAUGCCGCACAGAGAGGGAGUGGUGGAGAGUGGGCAGCCAGGAUUAUAAGUGAUGCAAGAGAAUCCAUUCAGACGUCAGGCAGCGGAAGAGGGGCCGAGGACAGCGCUGCAGAUCAGAGAGCAAACGAGUGGGGGCGGAGCGGCCGGGACCCCAAUCACUACAGGCCUAAAGAUCUCCCUGACAAAUACUAGACCUGGACGCUGCAAUUCUAUGGCGCGAUAGUGUAAUUAAUGCCAAUUGUCUCAUCCACAAGUUGUAAUUAUUUCUGUAUUCACUAAUGAGAGCGCCCCCUAUAGGAAUAAAAGGUGCAUUAUCUUUA